GUGGGAACCUGAGUGCUGGGAAUCCACCCAGGCCCUUAGCUCUUGACCCUGUCCCAAGAGCUUUCUGACGUCAGGCCUCGGGCUCUGAGGACACUAGAGCAAAGAGAGUUUGAAAAGGAAGUUUUAACAGAAGUCACGAGCCUUGAUCCUUGAGUAUUUCUUCGUGGACCUCAUUCCAACACAACCUGAAAUGCUGUGUCUCGGGAAUAAAAAGGGGACAGCCUCCUCUCCUUCAGGACAGCGUUUGCCCUCUGGGGAGCAAGGAAGGAAGCAGCCCAUGCUUUUCGCCCUGAAUUCUUCCCGGAUUCGAGGGGUGGAGAGGCCCCAGGUUGUGCAUGAGCUGUCUCAGAUUUGCUGUACUUUUCAGGCUCUGUGGCCAGAACCUCACCUGUCCCCCUGAGCUUCCCUCUGCAGUCAAAAGCAAAUGGGAAACUGUGUCCGCUUCUUUUCUCUUUAGGUCGCCCGCUUCCUUGAUGGGGUUGGCAGUGAUGCUGGAGCCCCAGGGAUCCCCGAUGGGAAGUGAGAGUGGCGGGGGCGUCUGAGGUUUGCCAGCCUGUGCUGCUGGGGGAGUUGAAGUGUCCAGGGGUGCUGGACUUGGUGUCCCCUACCUUCUCCCUGUCCGCAGAUCAGAGGACACUGAGAGUGGAAGGCAGCUCCUGCCAUGGGAAGGGAGGACGCGAAGGUGGCCUGGGCUGCCUACAUCCAGCUCUCGGCUUACUUCCUCUGCCCCGCAGCCCCUGCCUGGGUCUGCAGCCACAGCUCAGUUUGAAACACCCCUCCCUCCUGCUUUGAGGGAGGCUUGGCUGCCCAGGGGGUUAUUUUGGGAGCAGCUUGUGAGAUCCAAUGGCCUUGUUAGGGCAACACUGACCUUUCUGUCCCAGGAGGAGGGCAGAGCUGGAGAAGGGGCGGGGCAGCGGCAGGGAGAUCAGGGACCGCACACCCACCGGGGUGGAGGGAAGGGGGCCAGGGGCUGCCUUGGGGGAUUCGGCCUGGGCUGGGGCUGCCACUGGGGAAGCGGCCCCUGUUGGAUACCGGGACCCCUCUACCCAACACUUUUCACUGUGCUUCUUAAAGGGAUCACAGCGUUUUCCCUCGGACUCCACGGAAGCCAGACUUGGGACGCCCUGUGGGGACUUUUGAAUCUUUCCUGCCUGCUUCCUUCAGCAGCGGCAGCCUUCCUCUGGCUGACUGAGGGGGGUCCCCAGGCAUGGCUCUCGCCAGCGCCCCCAGUGCUGACCUGGCUUCUGGGCUCUUUCAGCCUCUGCUAGCCUCUUGCUUCCCUCCUCCAGGGGCGCGGUGGUGAGUCUGGGGGCUCGGCCCGAGGGUGCCUGGACAGUGUCAGUUUUCCUGGACGGGCCCUGCACCCACGCUGGAGGACAGGGAGGUGGUCGGGGGUGAGGAUGAGAUGAGCGGGGGCCGCUUUGACUUUGACGAUGGCGGGGCGUACUGUGGGGGCUGGGAGGGGGGGAAGGCCCACGGGCACGGACUGUGCACCGGCCCCAAGGGCCAGGGCGAAUACUCGGGCUCCUGGCGCGCACGUCCCUGGGCAGCCAGCGCAGCCGCGUCAGCUUCCUCAAGAGCGACCUCAGCUCGGGCGCCAGCGACGCGGCCUCCACCGCCAGCCUGGGCGAGGGCGCCGAGGGCGCGGACGAGGCCGCACCCUUCGAGGCGGACAUCGACGCCACCACCACCGAGACCUACAUGGGCGAGUGGAAGAACGACAAGCGCUCGGGCUUCGGCGUGAGCGAGCGCUCCAGCGGCCUCCGCUACGAGGGCGAGUGGCUGGACAACCUGCGCCACGGCUACGGCUGCACCACGCUGCCCGACGGCCACCGCGAGGAGGGCAAGUACCGCCACAACGUGCUGGUCAAGGGCACCAAGCGCCGCGUGUUGCCGCUCAAGAGCAGCAAGGUCCGCCAGAAGGUGGAGCACAGCGUGGAGGGCGCCCAGCGCGCCGCCGCCAUAGCGCGCCAGAAGGCAGAGAUCGCCGCCUCCAGGACAAGCCACGCCAAGGCAAAAGCUGAGGCAGCAGAGCAGGCGGCCCUGGCCGCCAACCAGGAGUCCAACAUUGCCCGCACUUUGGCCAGGGAGCUGGCUCCAGACUUCUACCAGCCAGGUCCAGAGUAUCAGAAGCGCCGGCUGCUCCAGGAGAUCCUGGAGAACUCGGAGAGCCUGCUGGAGCCCCCCACGCGGGACGCGGGCCCCGCGGGCCCCCCGGAGCGGGCCAUGGCCAUCGAGGCGCUGCAGACGCCGCCCGCGCCGCCCCGCGAGUCCGAGGUGGCGCUGUAUCAGGGCUACCACAGCUACGCCGUGCGCACCAGCCCGCCCCAGCCGCCGCCCUUCGAGGACGAGCCCGAGUGCGAGGCCGAGGUCUCCGGCUCCGACUCCGCGCCCCCGUCCCCGGCCACAGCCUCGGCGCAGGACCCAAAGUCCCGAAACCCCGAGCCCGAGCCCCAGAACCCCGCCAAGCUGGAGCCCAAACCUAUCGUCGCCAAAGCCGAGCCCAAGGCGAAGGCCCGCAAGACGGAGGCCCGAGGGCUAACCAAGGCGGGGGCCAAGAAGAAGGCUCGCAAGGAGGCAGCGCUGGCGGAGGCCGAGGUGGAGGUGGAGGAGGUCCCCAACACUGUCCUCAUCUGCAUGGUGAUCCUGCUGAACAUCGGCCUGGCCAUCCUCUUCGUUCACCUCCUGACCUGACCCUUGUCUACCAGAGCCAGGAGUUCCGCUGAGGAAGCCAGGACUCAUCUUUUGGCAAUGCCAGGCAGGUGACCAAGGAGGACUGGACUCGACCUGCAGCCUCAGGCCCGGCUCACAGCGUGCCACAGACGUUUCAGGAACCUCCCGUGGGCUCAAGCAGGGUGUCAGGGUGCCAAAGGAAUAGAGUAUCUGGGAAGGCUCCAGGAGUACUCUGCCCAGGGACCGGGGAGGCCCCGAGGGAAGAGCCCUGGUCUCCUGAGUUUCUUGAUCUGCUGUCCCCGACCCUCUUCCACUCCCUCGCCUUGCCCCUCCUCACUCCCUCCCUGGGCUUUUGUGUGUUUUAGGCGAUGUCACCUAAGCAGGAUGUUGGUAUUAAAUCCCUCCCUCUCCCUCCCACCUCACUCCCACUUUAAUCCUCCACCUGGUGGACCGAAGCCACCCAGGAAGCUGAGGGGUUGCUGAAACGUCUCAGACAAUGCAGUCUUACGCAGCUCGGACCAUCUCAGGCUUACGGAUGCUCUGGAUGACAUGGAGGAGAUGACAAACUCAGUUGAAUAUCCCAGCAUGCAAUGCUCUGCCUCCCCCGCCGGUCCAGUUAGCUUCCCUCCUGGCCCAGUAGCACAGGGAGGCAUACCUGUAACAAGUUGGAGCCUUUCACUAGGAAGCCACUGAGCAGACAGAGGUGGGGUGGGAAGAGGGUAAGGUGCAGUUGCGAGGCCCCUGUUUUGAGUGUAUCUGAGCCUGCGGCUGGGGGUGAACUUAAGGCUGUUUGCUUGGGGUUACUCUGCAGCGGCCCUGGGGCCAGCGAGCUACAGCAACUGUGAUGCCCUGUGAACUGGUUUGUCUCCUCCCCAAGCAGGGCCACUGAGGGCUCAGGGGAGCAUGGCACAGGAGUCCUGGCAGUGGGGCAGACUCUCCAGCAGGUGCUGAAGAAAAAGAUUUCCCAGGAACAGAGGAGCAGUUCUGAGCUCCAGCUGGGGGCAGUCUGCGCAGUAAUAAGCCCCGUUCAGUUCGUCUGGCAGAAGAUGAUACUUGCAUGUACCUGAAAGAUGUUCGUACCACACUGAGCCUCUGGCCCUUGGGCUCCCUAGGAGUGGUGUAAGGGCUGAGGGCUUGAAGCUCCUGCACCCAGGAGCGUGGCGGAAAAGGGCUUCCAGGCCCCUCCAGGCCUGGGGAAGGAUGUGGCGGUGGCAUCCCAGCAGAGGCGGAGGGAGUGGCUGCUCUUCCACCUUCGUUUCUAUGGGCCUCAGGGGCUUAGGCGUCGGGGCCGGGCCCUCCCGGGGCAACUCGGGACCUGCGUGUUUAGGGUCAGCCCUUUCGUCCCUCGGUCCUUGGGAACCUUGCCCUCCAGCUUCACGCUUGCUGUUUCUAGCCCUGCUGGGCCUCGUGGCUUGGCUGGACCCCCAGACUGCCUUUCUGCGGCAAAGAGUCUGUGGACGCUCCCAUCCCAGCCAGCCGUGGCCCACAGGGUUCUGCACCUGUGUUUGGCUUUUCUGGACUCCUAGGGAACGAGGGGGGCAGGUGGGAGCUGCAUGGGGCUGACAGGCUCCAGGCCUCAGCUCUGACUGACGUCAUUGCUCUUGUUUCUUGGGCCUGGUCCAGUGUUGGGGACCAGCCUGUGGCUGCCAGAGCUGUGGGACUCAUCUGGGGCUAGUGUCGGGGUGCGGGUUGAGAUGCUGAGUCUGCGCGAUAAUAAACCUGUGUCUGCUCACGGGCUCAGGCUGG